AUGCACCUCGCCGCCCAGACCGCAUGUAUGUUUCUUUCUUUCUUUGUAACCACCUACCAAUUUCCCUAUCCCAUUAGUCAAACCUUAAUUAAUUCGCUGCAGUACAAGUUACAUCCAUCAACUCACCAUUCCACAUGUCUUUCUUUUCUCUCUGUUUCUUCUUGUGCUGCUGCUGCUGCUGCUGCAGUCAGCGUGAGCGAGGUGGAGGCGCUCUUCGAGCUCUUCAAGACCAUCAGCGGCUCCCUCAUCGACGACGGCCUCAUCAACAAGGAAGAGUUCCAGCUUGCAUUGUUCAAGAGCAAGAUGGACAAUAUUUUUGCUAACCGGAUAUUUGACCUCUUUGAUGUCAAGAAAAGGGGGGUCAUUGACUUUUCUGACUUCGUUCAAGCUCUAAAUGUAUUUCACCCUAACGUUCCAAUGGAAGAGAAAAUUGAUUUUUCCUUCAAGCUAUAUGAUAUGGACAACACAGGGUUUAUCGAACGGAAAGAGGUGAAGCAGAUGCUUAUUGCUCUUCUGAGUGAAUCAGGAAUGAGGUUAUCAGAUGAAACCAUUGAGUCAAUCCUUGACAAGACAUUUUCAGAUGCUGAUGUGAAUCAGGACGGGAAAAUAGAUAGAGCAGAGUGGGAGAACUUUGUUUCGCGAAAUCCCUCCUUGAUGAAGAUAAUGACUCUGCCAUACCUAAAGGACAUAACGACCACAUUCCCUAGCUUUGUGUUCAACUCGAAGGUCGACGACAUCGUGACGUGA